GUUCGAAUCUUGCACAUAAUGAUUUGAUUUAUCAGUUAUUAAUUUUUACAUGUCCAAACUUUCAACCUGUAUUUGGGACAAAAAUCCUUCUCUAAUUGUUGGCACCAACAAGGCUCACGAAAUUGUCCGUGGGACCCACUAUAGUACGUGGCGGUUUAUCAUUGGUUGACUCCUUAAAUAAAGCGCUGUCCAAAUUACUUCCCGCGUAAAUUACAUGUAACGCCUUUUGAUUCAACAAAAUUCCUAAAAACCCCCCUCCCUUUCAGUUUCCCCAAAAUUACCAAAAUGCCUUCCUCCGACCGGAAACACCGCCGGAGCCCGAAAACCGCCCCUCUUCUACAGCAAAAGGACGCCGAUUCGGGACACUAUAACGGCGCUUCCUUCUCCGGCGCGGUUUUCAACCUCUCUACAACGAUUGUCGGCGCCGGAAUUAUGGCACUUCCGGCUACACUGAAACAGCUCGGUGCAAUUCCAGGUGUUGUUGUUAUUAUUCUCGCUGCGUUACUGACGGAGAAGUCGAUUGAGAUGUUGUUGAGGUUUACUAGAGCUUCUAAGUCCGCUUCCUAUUCUGGACUCGCCGGCGAUGCUUUUGGUGGCUUUGGACGUACAUUGUUGCAAGGUUGUAUCGUGAUUAACAAUCUCGGGACGCUUGUUGUUUACAUGAUCAUCAUUGGAGAUGUUUUAUCUGGGACAUCGUCAGAUGGGGUGCAUUAUUCUGGUGUGACGGAGGAAUGGUUUGGCCAACAUUGGUGGAAUUCACGCUCCAAUUUUCUGCUUCUUACAACGCUAUUUGUUUUUGCUCCUCUUAUUUCAUUCAAACGCGUUGAUUCAUUGAGAUACACAUCAGCUCUGUCAGUCGCUUUAGCUGUUGUAUUUGUGGUGAUAACUGCUGGAAUAGUCAUUGUUAAGUUCAUUAAUGGAAGCAUUGGGAUGCCCCGCUUGCUGCCUAAACUUGUUGAUCAGGCGUCCUUCUGGAAGCUUUUCACAACUGUUCCUGUACUUGUUACUGCUUAUAUUUGCCAUCACAAUAUACAUCCAAUAGAGAAUGAACUAAGAGAUGUCAGCCAGAUGAAGUCAAUAGUCCGUACUUCAAUUGUAUUAUGUUCAACUGUAUAUGUAGCCACCAGCUUUUUCGGAUUCCUUCUCUUUGGCGAUCACACGUUGGAUGAUGUACUCGCCAACUUUGAUGGUGAACUUGGGAUUCCUUACAGCUCAUUACUUAAUGAUGUGGUGCGAGUGAGCUAUGUGAUCCACGUGAUGCUCGUUUUCCCAAUCGUCUUCUUUUCCCUUCGUCUCAAUAUGGAUGGCCUCUUUUUCCCAUAUGCAAUUCCUAUUGCGUAUGAUAAUCGCAGAUUCUUUUCAGUUACAGCAGCUCUCAUGUGCUUCGUAUUUUUGGGAGCAAAUUGUGUACCUAGCAUCUGGGAUGCCUUCCAGUUUACUGGCGCCACAGCUACCGUCUCUGUUGGUUUCAUUUUCCCUGCUGCUAUUGUCCUUAGGGAUACACAUGGAAUUGCAACCAAGAGGGACAGGUUAGUGUCAUUGGUCAUGAUACUGUUAGCUGUUUCCUCAAGUACUGUAGCAAUCUGCAGUGACAUUUACAGCAUUUUCAAUAUUGGGAUUGAAGCUUAGAAGAGCGCGAAAAAUCUGUGGAUUCUUUGGCUAUUUAAGAUUCACGUCAGUUGGACUUCUAGUAAGUUAUAUGAUUCUUUGGUUCCUGAUUGACGCCCAGUUUAUUCAAGCAGAAUGUGAAUAUCAACUGGAAGAUACAUGAGAACGUGAUGCAGGGAUCGGUCUAUGUUCUGUACAGCAUAAAAAUUUGUCGUCUGCAAAACGUAAGAGGCAAUCUUUUUGGGGGGAGUAACAUUAUGAAAAUUGAGAGCGUUUGUAUCAAAUUCUUGUCAUCUUUUCCUGAUACAACCUUCAACUUUCACAUAGUUGUACUCUUAAAUUCUUGUCAACUUUUCUUGAUAUAACUUUCAACUCUCACAUAGUUUUAAUUUUUCAUUUAAAGAGAUGAUCUCAGAAGCUAAAGUUGUUUAUUA